CUUGUCUCUCUCUCUCUCUCUCCCUUCCUCCCACCUUUUCAUUUUAAACCAGUUCCCUCUUUUUUACAGGUGAGCUCAUUGGCGUCCAGUACCUGUUUUCACAGACCGGUCGAGUGCUGGAGGAAGUGAUGGGCAGGGAUCCCGACACUCCGGAUGGGACCAAUACAGACGACGACAACAAUGACAGUGUCAACGAGGGCUUCCAAGAGGAUGAGGGGUCGGUAGAGAAACAUCUGGACAACACCCUCUUUGGCCUAGAGGAGGACUUUGCCCCGCAAACUUCUGAAUUGUUUUCGUCUGUCAUGUCCCAGUCGCGCCCUGCCAUCUGCACCUCACAGUCUGGGCCAGCCGACCAGGAGACCUCCCUUGGAGAUAAUGCCAUUCAAAGGGUGUCCCACAAGCCGAAUAUCUUUGGACCUGACACUGGCCCGUGUUAUGAGCACGUGGUCAACCUGGCCUGCAGUCUCUUGCAGCUACGUCACCAUGCCUACGUGACGCAGCAGCAAGUGGCGGAGAUCGUCGCCCUCUGGGAACGAUUGCCGGAGGGUGACAAGGCCCCAGUUCGCUUCCCGCUACGCCACCAGGAAAGACUGGUGAAGGGGAGGUUUCGACUCAAGCACUCGCAGACCAGUGUCACACCGGGAGUGGAGAGCUUGCAACGGUGCAUGGUUGGCCAAGGCGGCCAAGCCGCACAGAUGCCAAACAUCAGCCGCCUUGUGGAGGCCGUGUGUAUAGAGCUGUCCAGGAUUCACCCCGAAGGAACCACCAUCUGUGGCGUGAGGGUGAACCGCUGGGCAGAAGUAAUGCGCGAUUACAUCUGCAUUCAGGAGAAUGUCCUUACAAACCCGGUACUCGUGGCCCAGACACGCAUCCAGUUAUUCCCCCUCAGUCAGCGCACCCUGGCACAAUGGUAAGUAUACACUGGACAAGUGGGAUCCACCAUGCCCCUCUCCUCCCUUACAUCCUGAUUUCCUUUGCUUUGUGUCCCUGUAGGCACUAUGCUCGCACCAGGGAGCUGACAUGGCGGGC